AACGUCCGGCUUGCUAAUGCGUUCCAAAAACCCUAGCUAUUUAAUCGAGUACGUACUUUGAGCUGCUCCGUUCACUCUGGCAGUCGGCGGGCGGAAGGAAGCAACACUCCUCGUAACCCUCACGUCCCCUUCUUCUCCGUCUCCUUCUAUCUCCAAAAUGUCGAAGAGAAAGGUUAGGGAGCCCAAGGAGGAGAACGUCACCCUUGGACCGGCUGUGCGUGAGGGGGAGCACGUAUUCGGGGUCGCUCACAUUUUUGCCUCUUUUAACGACACAUUCAUUCAUGUUACUGAUUUAUCCGGCAGGGAAACAAUGGUUCGCAUCACUGGAGGGAUGAAGGUGAAGGCUGAUAGGGAUGAAUCUUCACCAUAUGCAGCCAUGCUUGCUGCACAGGAUGUUUCUCAGCGCUGCAAGGAGCUUGGGAUCACGGCUCUUCACAUUAAGCUUCGGGCAACUGGAGGAAACAAGACCAAGACACCUGGUCCUGGUGCCCAGUCGGCACUCCGAGCCCUCGCCCGUUCCGGCAUGAAAAUUGGCCGCAUAGAGGAUGUAACGCCGAUUCCGACUGACAGCACUCGUAGAAAGGGAGGUAGAAGGGGAAGGAGGCUGUAAUUGCUCUUCUUAUCUCUUUGCUUUUGUUGGCCUGCUUUUCUCAGAUAAUUUUUGCACUAGAUGUAAUGCCUUAAUCAUCUGUUGAACUUUCAAUACAUUUGGUCGGUUUUAUGUGUUCUGGUGACCUUUUAACAUUUCGAACAUGAUGAAGUCGAAAAGUUUGGAGACAAUCUCCUAUUCCUGUGUUUU